AUGGGUCGAAAUUGGAAGAAAAAACGAUCUACAAGAGUAGGCGAUAUUCGUAAGCAAUUAUCAAAGAGUGAAAAAAAGCAUCUGUAUGAAUUUGGAGAAUUGCAUCCAGCGGUAGAGGAAAAAUUAAAAGGCAAGACCAAUAAGCUGCCUGAUAAAGCGAGAAUCUCCUCCUUGAAAAAAUCGACUAAUCAACAUGGAACAUCUAUUGAUGAGCUUACAUCAACGGUGAAGCGACCAUCAGUACAGAAACUAACUUAUGCACAAGAUCUGGUUUCCAAUACAAGUUCAGACUCUGAAGAUAAUGACAAAUAUCGAAAGCUGAUUUCUUCAUUGGAUUCACGCCAUGAUUUGAAAAGAAAACGACAUUCUAAUAAAAUCCGUAAACCUACUAAGAAAAAGAAUAAAGAAGAUAUCCAGCAGCAGUUUUAUGGCGAUGAUGAUGCUGCAGAUAAGCAUACAGCAACUACGAUGAGCCCAACCUAUAGUGAUACUUCCGCCGAAAAUAAUAAUGAUAGUGAUGAUUUGAAUGAAGAAGAAGCUGAGUUAUCUGAAGAUGAUGAGCCUGGUGACUCAGUUGUAAAUAUAAACGAAAGCGAUACAGAUGAAGACUCAACCCCUACAUUAACCGAAGAUCCUUUUAAGGUGCAUUUUGAUCAGCAAUUAACAAGCGAUGACAUUGACAGACUAAAAAAUGGUAGCCAAAAUAAUUUGCAGCAAUCUUUUAAGGAUGAAUGGCUUGAUGAUGUUACAUAUUAUCCAACUCCUGUUUCAAUAUCAACAAUUUCCCUACCUACCAGUGGCGUUUCAGACAGUCUACAGCAAUUGCACGUUAAGCAAAGGCUAAUUAACCAGUGGAAUACCGUAAACAAGAAAUGUGUAUCACCCAGCCGUGUAUUUUCUCCUCUUCAAGAGAGAUUAUUCAAUUUGUUAUCUACGUAUCGGGAUGUGCUGUAUACAAAAAGAGCAUUUAAUAAUGCUGAUCAAAUCAGAAAUAUAUAUUGUUUACAUGCUUUAAAUCAUGUAUUGAAGAUACGUCAUUCAGUACUUAAAAAUAAUUCUAAAAUUAUUCAAGCUCAAAAGGAGAACAGAGAAGUAGCAGAACUUCGCGAUCAGGGUUUUACUCGUCCUAAGGUGCUCAUAGUAGUACCGUUCCGUGAAUCUGCAAGGAAAGUUGUGGAAACUUGCAACCAUCUGUUACUAGCUCCUGACGAAGGUCAAAUCAAUUAUAAAAAGCGAUUUCAAAGCGAGUACGCAGGAGAUGAAGAAAAGCGGAAUGUUGUCAGACCAGAUGAUUAUUGGCAGCUUUUUGCGGGUAAUACGGAUGAUCAUUUUCGAAUUGGCAUCAACAUCACUCGCAAAGUCAUUAAACUUUAUGCACCGUUUUAUAAUUCUGAUAUCAUUGUUGCCUCACCCCUUGGUCUUCGGACAAUCAUUGGCGCUGACGGGGAUAAGAACCGUGACUAUGAUUUCUUGUCAUCUAUUGAUAUUGUUAUUGUUGAUCAAGUGGAUGUAUUGCUAAUGCAAAACUGGGAUCACGUCUCGCAUCUAUUCAAGCACUUAAAUCUACAACCAGCUGAAUCUCACGAUACGGAUUUCAGUAGAGUAAGAAUGUGGACCCUAGAUGGGUGUGUUGUUGAUAGCGUCGAUGGUAGCAUAUGCCAAGUAGGUCUUCGAGUUCCUCAGAUUCUGCCACAAUAUCGCACAGAUCAAUGUAGGACAUUAAUCUUUGUUCCUUCCUAUUUCGAUUUUGUUCGAAUAAGAAAUUGUCUAAAGAAAGAAGAGAUCAAGUUUGAUUGCAUUUCUGAGUCUACCAAUUCUUCGCGAAUCUCACGUAUUAGGGCAUAUUUUACCGACAAUAAGAUUAGUAUCUUGUUAUAUACUGAAAGAUUUCAUUUCUUCAGAAGGUAUAAAAUCCGAGGAAUCAGACAUGUCAUCUUUUAUGGAUUACCAAUGUAUGCAGUCUUUUAUCCAGAAAUAAUAAACAUGAUUGAAACUGAUAGUAGUCAAUUAAAAUCAGCCAGUAUUCCAGGAACUACAUGUACAGUUUUAUAUACAAAGUACGAUAUAUAUCAAUUGAAUCGGAUUGUUGGUACGGAAAGAUGUCGGCAACUACUGACAUCAAGUAAAAAAACGCAUUUAUUUACAAAUUGA